UAUAAUCAGUUUCCUCCGAAUGUUCUACCAUCACAACUCAUGAGAUGCUGCAUUUUGAGGUGUAAAUUCUUCGUUCUCGGACCAUGGUUUGGCAAGAAGGGAAAUUUGGAGUUCAUAGCGGUCGUACUGUAAGGGCGCCUUCUUGUAGAUGGGAUAGCGGAACGGACCUAGGCAAAGGCAAUCCAAACAGUCAAGCCGGCUACGUCUCCAAAGUGGUGAACCAAGUCGAUAACCUUACGGAUGAGAGAAUUCAACGAAAGAUCGACGCUUUUCCAUUCCCUGACGGCUUUGAGAACAAAUCAGUGAUAAAAGAAAGCCACAGUAGGUUUUUUGAGCGAUUUGCCACUUUUAACAAAGGUCGAGAGGCGGAUAAUGUUAUUUUGUCCCUCAACAAACGACAACGAUGGCUUCUUCCAGAUCUUUUGAAAAAGGAGCUCCAAGAAACCCAAGAAAAUGAUGAGAAAGACAAACCGAGAGUGGUUUUGAUUGAGAGGCGAGGGACGAGAGAGACCUGUGAAAAUAAGCGAGUCAAAAAAGGAGACUGUGUGAAUGUUGUGGAUAAUUUUGGUAUACAAAAAAAAGGCAAAAGGUCCAAAUUCUCCCAUGUAGGAGAUUUGUAUAAAGGUGGUGGAGACGCAGAAAUCAUAUACGAAGUAUCAUCCUCAGUUCCUGGACAUAGCUGGCCCAACUACCGUGAGUUUGAGACAGACCUUUGGUCAGACUGGUAUGGGACUUAUGGUACUAAGUCCAAAUAUAAAACCAAGGGUUUUCGAAACAAGAAAAGAUGCUGGGGACUAUACAGUGGGUGUGAUGUUAAAAGACAAGAAUUUGAUUGUGACUACUUUGCAGAUUAUGAUGGUGAUGCAGAUAUUUAUGAUGAUGAUGAUGUCAAAGAGACCAAGGAUAACAUGCAGAGUGACUUUGAUAUUGGAUCUCUCAUAGCUAGCAUCGCAUUGAAAAAGACAAAGAUGAACAAUUUCAUGGACUAUGUCAGCUAUGCAAAGGAAUGCAGCCCUUAUGGAAAGAAUAAGGAGUCUAGAAGAAUACAAGGGUGCCCUUGGCCUAUACAUCAAAAAGGAACUGCAGUAUUGGUAGACCAGGAACUUCUAAAUGGUGUUGAAAAGGAGGUGGCACCUAGCACUCCUCACAUUGUUGCAGUGCCACCAGCAACAACUCCUAAGAAACCUGCAAUUUAUAAAUUCCACAUAAGGGUUGACAAACUAAGUACGCAAUCUGACCAGCUGAGAGAAGAAUUCAGAGACAGUUACAGAGAAGGGAAAAGCACACCAAGAAAAUUCAGUAUAACUCCAAAUCAGUAUGCUAAUGUACAUCUCCUCUUUCAAGAGAUCAAUGAUGGUACAUCACUGGCAGUGACAGCUGUUAGCGAUGAAGAAAUGGACUUAGAAUCAGCUUUUGCAGGACUUAAAGGGAAAUCUGGGUUGAAUGUGUCAGAAGUAGUAAAAUGUAUUCAAGCAGACAACACUCCACAAACUCCACAGGUCAAAAGAUGGAACACAGCUGUCUCCUAUGAUGUACUGUCUGAUGUGUGUUCCUAUGAACAGAAAGCACUCCAGCUUGAGAUGGCCUAUGCAGAGAUAAAGGAGGAAGAUGGCACAAAAGAGGAAGAAUCAGAAGACAUCUCAGGACAUGCAAAGACAGAAAUAGGGGUCGUCUGUCGAGUCUGCUAUGAAAUGGCCACCUCUUCGAUUGAAGGGUUCUCUGUGCUCAAUGCCUGCAGCCAUUGGUUCUGUGAUGAAUGCUGGCAAGCAUACCUGGAUGAGCAAAUCAGACAGGGAAAGACAAGUAUUGUAUGCCCUGGUUACAAAUGUGCCACUCCAGUCGAUAACACCACUAUCCUAGCCCUGGUACCUGAACUUUACCUAAAAUACACUAGCCAGGUCAGGCAGAAAGCAGUAGAGGCAAAUCCUUCCUGGCGAUGGUGCCCUGGAAAUAAAUGCUCCCUUGUGAAUAAGGUAACAAAGAGAAGUUGUUACCAUGGUAAUACAUUCCUGGACUAUGGCGGUGUUCCAGUGGCCUGUGCAUGUGGCAAGACAUGGUGCUCCGAAUGCCAGGAAGAAACUCACUGGCCAGCCAAGUGCGAAAUAGCGCAGAGAUUUAGAAAGCAGACCAAAGCAUACCAGGAAAUACUUAAUGGAAUGGACAACCGCAUUAAGUCUGUGUUUGUCAAGCGCUGUCCAGCCUGUAGAUAUCCAGUUGAGAAAAAUGGAGGCUGCCCACACAUGUCUUGUACCAUGUGCGGUGGACACUUUUGCUGGGAAUGCCUCAAAGACUGGAAUCUCCACGGUUAUGGGGUCUUGUGUAAGGGAGCUAAAAAAGAAGAAGAGGUGGAACUUACAGAUAAUAUUGGAUCUGCAAGGUAUAACAGGAAUGUCCGAGUAGCUACUAAUCACCACCUGGCGAGAAAUGUCAAUGACAUGUGCAAGGCAUACAAAACUGUUGAGAGAAUUGCAAAAGCAGUGGAAUCCUAUAAAUAUUUGCAGCAAAAUGGUUUUGCUUUCGCCAACAAGCCAAUAUCUAGUCCUGAGAGAUAUCUUCAGAAGUUUAUUGAUUAUAAUCCCUGUAAUUUGCUCAGAAAAAUAGUGGAUUAUAAAUUUCUACUUCAUACAGUGAUAGAGGGUUGCGCUAUGGUUAUGGCCAUGUCAAAAACUAAUACCAGUCAUCACAAACUGCAAAGGAGCAUUGAUAUCUUGAACUUUGUCAUCAGUAGGCUGGACUCAUACCAAGACAUCAUGUCAGACAUGUUAGGCUCUGCUAAGGUAGUAAACAAUGUAGAGUUUUUACUGGGCACAUCACAAAAGAGUUUGAUAAAAAUCAGCAAAGCAGCACAGCAGACACAAUAAAUAAUGUUGGCCUGCAGUGAGAAUUAUCAUUUUACAAUUUUUAUAGCCAAAUUCGUACUUUCUUCAUUUGGAAAUAGCACGUAGUCAAUCAAACCAAACAAUCAAAACCAAACAAACUGCCCCCAAAGCUUGUCUGACUACGCGCUAUUCCCAAACGAGACUUGGAUUUUGGAUUCCCCGAGGUUGUGCAACAACGAAUCUGGCUGUAAAAUAAUGAUUAUAAUUUUAUUAAAAAUAUUGUUAAAAUAGAGGAAAACUUAUUUAUUAAUUGGCUAAAGAUAGUCUAUCAAUAUUUUCAAUAAAAUAAGAUACAAAAUA